AUGACAAAGAAUCCAAAAAAUAUUCCUGUAUCCUGGAAAUGGGAUUUGAUUCACUACCGACAGCGCUAUGACUGGGACUGUGGGCUGUCUUGCAUCCUUAUGGUACUCCCAGAACAGCAGCGUAAGUUCUUCCUUGAAAACUUCUCCCAAGUGUGCUUAGAAGAAGGUUUUGGCAAUAGCACCUGGACAAUUGAUCUCUGCUAUGUGCUGAAACGCUUUGAGAUUCGCCACAAAUACCUUACUGCCACCAUUGGCGUCAACAUGGGAUACUCUGAGCACAGCUACUAUGACAAAAUCCUCCAUAAGGACAGCGAUAGGGUCACGAGGCGCUUCCAAACUGCUCAAAUCAGUGGAAUUGUCAUAGAACAGCGGCAAAUCACCACUGAUGCUCUCACACGACAUAUUGCUCUCGAGGGUCCAGCAAUAAUCCUCACAAAUGCUUCUCUCUUGACCUGUGAUCUCUGCAAGUUCAACAAACUCUCCACUGAGCUGCGGUCAUUUUUGCCAUGGAAAACCACCUUCAAAGGCCACUAUAUCGUUGUCUGUGGCUACAUUCUGACCCUGAGGAAGUUCUUCUAUCGCAAUCCCACAAUGAAGGACCACCUUUGUAUGACUUCUUUCAAUAAUUUGCAUGAUGCUCGUAUUUCAUAUGGAACUGACCAAGAUGUGAUACUCAUUUACGGGCAACAAAAUUCUGCAGAGUUUCAGGAAAAGGCUUCGUAAGUAGCACAAUGCAAGCGGAAAAAUAUAAGAAAGAAUGUAACUUUAAGGGAGUAAUACUUCACAUUGAUAUCUUAAAAUUUAUUUAUUUAUUGUUCCUCGCUGAUAGUCUACUAGAAGCCAGGCGAAGUUUGUUCAUCUGUUUUUGCGGUUUUUGCCCUUAUAAUUUAUUUAAAUUCUCUCUUGGGUAAGACGAAAAAUUAUUAACAAAUGAAUAAAAUUAAGCUCAGAACUUUACCAUGGAAACAGCCUCUGUCUUCGGACCGAUACGUGUCCUCUAUUAAUACGUAAUAAUCAAAAGAUAAAAAAGCAGUGAUAAGACUAGAUCACCUUAUUUCAAGUGCGAUUAUUAAACUGAUCUAUAGAUUUGGAGCUGAAACAGAAGGGCGUAUAAUUCAGUAAUUUUCUUAUUUAAUGAAUUAUAGUGCCCGUUCUCUAAUCCGAAUCGGCGUAAUCCGGACAAGUUGUCGACGGUUACAUUUAAAAUAAUUUUGACGUCAUGUAUGCAUCAGCAAUGAAAAUAAAUUAUUCUGUGAUCUUUUUGUCUAAUAAAUGAAGUAUAAUAGCAUAGAAUUCUC